CAACUCAGUAUCAGCACAGAACACAGUCGGGUUCUGAAGCUUCUGGGUUCUGCAGUCUCAGCUCUAAGAAAGCCUCUCCUCCUCCAAGACCAUGAAGCUCUGCGUGACUGUCCUCUCUCUCCUCAUGCUAGUGGCUGCCUUCUGUUCUCCGGCGCUCUCAGCACCAAUGGGCUCAGACCCUCCCACUGCCUGCUGCUUCUCCUACACCAUGCGGAAGCUUCCUCGCAACUUUGUGAUCGAUUACUAUGAGACCAGCAGCCUCUGCUCCCAGCCAGCCGUGGUAUUCCAAACCAAAAAGGGCAGACAAGUCUGUGCCAACCCCAGCGAUGCCUGGGUCCAGGAGUACAUGGAUGACCUGGAGCUGAACUGAGCCGCCCUAGAUGCAGGGGCAGGAUGUCCCCAGGGAAGGUCACCUGAGCCCGACGCUUCUCAGUGAGACACACGCUCUCAGUGCUCACGACUCCUCCCAGUGGUCCCAAUUCCUUCUCUAAUUUAAUCUUUCUUAUGUGCUGUGUGAUUGUAUUUGGUGUUAUUUCCAUUAUUUAUGUUUGUUUUGCCAAAGGACACGUGUCCCCCAUGGGGAUGGUCCACCAUCACUGUUUCUCUGCUAUUGCGGAUAUGUGUAUAAUGUAGUUGGUUCCAUGUGUUUUCAUAAUAAAAAUUU